AUGUGGAGGGAGUGGACAAGUAAGAUCAAAAACUUUGCCGAGAACAUCACCACACCCGACUACGACGAGGAGCAGCGCUAUAACGACGGCGAAAAUGACAGAGACGACGUGGUGGAGAAUAGGGUAGAAGAUAGCCACUCCCUGUCGCUUGAUGAGCGCUGCAGCGCGCACUACAGAGGCGACUUUAGCGGAACGCAUGCUACAGCACAUGGCCACAGCAACUGUGAAACCACCUAUGGUGACGGUGAUCGUUUCUCCGUGCUGAAGACCUCGGCGCAGCGCUUGGGUUUGCAGUGCGAUGAGCUCUCGGUCGACAGGCAUGCAGGCGCCGGCGGCAAUGCGGACGCUGCUGUGUAUACACAGGCAUCCCCCGUGUCAGCAGAAGCAGCGCCCUCUCUCUCACUAUCGCCAAGCCCACUUUUCACAGUAACAGCUCUAGCCGGCCCUCUCGGCAGCGUAGGCCAGACGAUGGCGUCUGCGGAUGCGGUGGUCGUCACUCUGGGCAGUGAGGCAGCACAGAGACCGAGUGGAAGUUCCGGCGAUCGUGCUGUCGCUACUCCCUCCGCCCCCUCCCUCGGUAGUGCCCAGGCGGGCUCAACGACUGCAGCAGAGCACCGCGGUACUCUGCUGCAGUCAAUGGUGACUUCAAGUUCUCGGCUCUCCACGGUGCAGGCUCAGCCAUUGCAGCGGUUAUCGUCUUUCUCAUCGUGUUCUGCAGCUUUGCCGUCCCUACCAGCCCAACAAGGGCAGCCGCAGGAGCAAACACAGCCGCAGCCCGCUCCUGGUCUGGAGGCAGAGAGGGCUCACCUAAGUGGUAUGCACAAGUACGAACACGAAGUACGCGCUACAUGUGCGCGCACUGUUCCGUACUCCGAAGGAAAGCUCAGGGAGAGUGCAGCGACGAUAGCAGUAGCUGCAGGGGAAACCGCCACCUGGAAGGAUGCGAACGCGCCGCUGCAAGUUGAUGCCCUUCGUGCUGCGCACCAAGUAAUGGUGGACGAGCUGAAGGGGGAGGUGGCACACGAGAUAGCACUCGGGGCGCGUGUCAGGAAGCUGCAGCAGCAGGCUGCCGAGCUCCCCGAGAGUCUCGCCGCAGCUGAGGAGGACACAGAUGCCAUGAAGGUUACUGCGGCCGCGGCUGCUAGUGCAGUAUCAGCGGCUGCUAAGACACCCGACGCAGCCUCGUUGCUGGCAGAGGACGAUUGGCGGCCGUGCUCUUCUGAAGCGCUGGAAAGCCUCAAAGAAGAAGUGCACGAGAAGAGGACGCAGCUGCAGUCUACUGAGGUGACUCGCCGCUUCUUGCCGACUCCAUUGCAAGAGGCGCAGACGGAGGUGAUGGCGAGCAUCACGACCAGUUGUGACACGAGUGCGAAUGGCGUGCGUGAGGAACAUCAAUGUCAUCGCCAACUUCAGGGCGAGGCUGAUCGGCUCAUAUGCGAGUUGGAAGAGAAGCGCCAUUGCAUUGCAGCAACACAGGAACUACUACUCAAUACUCAACCCCAGAAGGAGGAACCCGCUGCUCAGGUCUUAAAUAAGCACGAAUUCUCGAAAAGCACCCCUGCUGCUGUGGAAGGCACAUCCUUGUCGGCAUCUGCACAGGCGGCCCACGAAGAAGAACGGCAGCGACUCGUCGACAAGCUUACCCACGGAGAAGCAGAGCGCGGUGCACUGCAGCAAGAGGUGAAGCAGCUUACAGAGACUGCGGCUCAGCUACAACAAAGGCUUGAGGCACGGGAGCACGAGUACGCGGCGUCACUGGCGGCGGCGCAGGCAGCGCAGGCUGAAUCUCAGAAGGCUUUGCUGGCGAAGCUAAACGCUGUUGAGACCCAAAUGUCGCAAAGCCGGCACACAUGCCAAGAAGAGCUGCAGCACAUGCAGGCGCAGCUGGAAGGCGAGCAGAGGCGUGCGAAGGUGCUGGAGAUGGACACACAGGCCGCACAGCACGCUCGUGCUGCGGCGGAGGAGCAAGCGGCCGCAGCCGAGCAGCGUGGCCGCUCCAUUCAAGCAGAAUUCGAGGCCUUCCAGCAGCAAGUUAAGCAGCGCAUGGCAGAGUCUGAGGGAAAGCAAAGUGAUGCAGACGUGUCGGUCACGGUUCUCGCGCAAGUGAAGAAACAGUUGGAGUCCAAGGUGCAGACGCUGGAGGCGAUGGUGGAUCAGGUGCGGCGCAUGUCAGUUGAUACACUGGUGCGAUUAGGCGUGGAUGUGGAACACAUCCUGCCAAUGAGCCUGGAGCACAAAGGCGAUGCAGGGCGGGCACAUCCAGGUGGUGACGACGAAGAGGAUGCUGACAAGGAAGACGAGAAGGGUGGGGCAGCCACGCGCACUGAACUGCCGCUUCUGCAGCUUUUUUCGUUGCUGAUAACGGAGUCUCUGCAGCAACACAGCGUGGUGUGGCGGGCAGAACGAGUGCAGCAGGAGUGGGAACAGACCUACGAGCAGGCCCGCCAAGUCAAUGACUCGCUGAACCAGCAGUUAGCCGAUGCGUGGAGCACCAUUGGGAAGCUGCGCGAAGAGUUGUCGGUGAAAGAGGAGGUCGCGCGUCAGGUGCAUUCACGCCUCGUCAAUGGUGACGCUCGCCUUGUAGAAGCGGAGGGGCGACUAGCGAGUGCCGUGAAUGAGAUGGAGAAGCUCCGCGAGGAGCGUGGGGAGUGGGCAGCACAGCUGCGCCAAGCUGAGACUCACGCAGAGGAUCAGGAAAACGCUGUGUCAUCCCUACAGGAAGAGGUGCGCACGCUGCAGGAGAUGCUACAAGCGAAGGAGGAGGAACUGCAGGCGUCCCUACAGGGCAACGAAAACUUGCAGGUUGUUCUGGAGCGGUUCCAGGAGAACCAGCGGCAUGAUGUAGAGUCCUUGACGUUGGAGUCACAGCUCGAGGCAGAGGAGCUCAAGAAGCAGCUGGCGGCGGCGCGACGAAUCACAAAUCACCACGAGAAGGAGCUGGCAGAGGUGCGCAGAGGCUUUGAACGCCAGCUGGCGGAGAAGGAUGCGGAGGUGACGACUAUGCACCGCAAGCUCGCGGAGGUGCGCAAGGCGCUGGAGAAGACAACGUCGCAGUACAUGGACGGCUCGGAGACCUGUAUUGACAAGCGUGUCGUGUCGCAGCUUCUGGCCAAGUACAUGCACGCCUUCAUCGAGCAGCGGAAGGAGGCGGAGGACAUGCUGAAGGUGAUCAGCGGACUGCUUGACUGGGAUGAGGCAACGCAGGAAUUUGUGGGGCUGCUGCCGGGGCCGAACAAUCCGCAGCCGCCGGAUGGAUUUUCCUCCCAGCGAGGUGGUGCUCGCCGGAGCCUAUUUAGAUGGCUUCGCAGCUCGGCGGACACCUCCGUGGCGCACAGUGGUGGGACGCCAGGGACAAGCAAGGCGGGGUUGGCGUCCAUGUGGGUGGAAUUCCUGCUUAAGGAGAGCGAGGGAAGCGGUGGCGGUGGCCGUUCAAGCCGCAGAGAAGGCGGCACCUCGGCGUUUCCUCUCGCUUCUACCACCCCGAGCUCUAUCACAGGCUCGCAACCGAACCCAUCUUUCAACUUCCCGUCACCGCCUGCGGCCGCCGCGACAGAGACACCAGAGGCUGCCACAAACAGCUAA